CGUCACGUGGUCUGGUGUCGUGGGUCGCCCUCUUGCAAAAUGGAGUUGUCUGAGUCUGUGCAGAGAGGGUUGCAGUCUCUCGCCGACCCGUCCUCCUUCGACCAAAGCAGCUUCCAGGCGCUGCUGGACGCGUCCUACAGCAGCCUGCUGUCAUCUGCAGCGGACCCGGGAGUCCUCGAUCAGCCCGAGCUGAAGCGCAUCGACCAGAUCCUGCUGAAACAGAGUCACACCGCAGCGACCACCUUCAUACUGGAGGCGGUCAAACAAAACGCUGACAAGUCGACGAUAAGCUCAAGCCUUGAAGAACUUACAUUCAGCGCAGAGAGAACAGAAAUGUUCUAUUGCACGCAUCAGGUGGCGAACAAUGUUGCCUUUAUUAUUUAUUUCCAUGGUCUUGUGACUGUGGCUGACUUGUACAUUGAUCUAUGUUUUGUUUUACAGAAACAUAAAAAAGAUCUGGAACAUCUGUUGGCAAGCAUAGGAAGGUGUCCACCUCAGAUCAACGACGUGUCAUGGCGUCUACAAUACCACGUUAAGAACGGCCAGGUCGAUAAGGUCAACGAGCCUUUCUACUUGAUUUCAUUGAACACGGAGAAUGAAGGAUCCCCAGAAGAUAUCAACUUUACUUGCACAGUGGAGCAGCUACAGGAUUUGGUGGGAAAGCUCAAAGACGCUGCCAAGUGUGUGGAGAAAGCCACAACGAGAUCACGUGACCAAAGCGGGGCGGUCGAACUACAAGCCAUUUUGGGGACGGUGUCAGUUUCCACGGAGCACACACACACUGCUGCAUUUUACUGGGGGGUGAAGCGGAUAUUUUGGAGGCAAAGUUAUCGGUGCCGAAGUGGGAGCCUUCCCGAGCCGAAGCCGGAGGACUGGGCUCUCUUGACGCCGCGAAUCGGAUACGCUCAGAGCGCGCAAGCGGCGAGGAAAAGAGGAGUUUUAUUCGCACAUCUGAAAUGCGCUCCGGUCCGCCGUGCGCUCUCCGCCACUGACAGCGUCUGCAGCCUGCUUCAAGAUGGCGGCUCGGCUCCUAUUCAUUUGCUGCUGAUCGCCUCCCAACUUUCAUUGUCUAUUCGCCUCAAGACCCACCGAUUCCCCGCCGAGCCUCCAGGAUUCUUGUUCCUCUCCUUCAACAUGCAUCGGACGACCAGGAUAAAGAUAACCGAGCUGAACCCUCACCUCAUGUGCGUCCUGUGUGGAGGAUAUUUCAUAGACGCAACGACCAUCAUUGAAUGUCUUCACUCAUUUUGCAAGAUGUGCAUUGUGCGCUACUUGGAAACCAGCAAAUACUGUCCCAUCUGUGAUGUACAAGUGCACAAAACCAAGCCUCUGCUCAACAUAAGGUCUGACAAAACUCUACAGGACAUUGUGUACAAACUGGUCCCCGGCCUCUUCAAAAAUGAAAUGAAGAGGAGGAGAGACUUUUAUGCAGAGCACCCCGUAGAUGCAUCUAAUGGAUCAAAUGAGGACCGUGGAGAGGUGGCAGACGAGGACAAGAGAAUAAUUACAGAUGAUGAGAUCAUCAGCCUCUCUAUUGAGUUCUUCGACCACAGCAGACUGGGAGGUGCAAUGGAGGAGAAGCAAUCUAAAGAGCAGAGUAUGGUGGCUAACAAGAGGUACCUACAGUGUCCAGCAGCCAUGACAGUCAUGCAUCUGAGGAAGUUUCUGCGCAGCAAAAUGGACAUCCCAAAUGCCUACCAGGUUGAAGUCAUGUAUGAAGAUGAACCCCUGAAAGAUUACUAUACGUUAAUGGAUAUAGCAUACAUCUACACUUGGAGAAGGAACGGCCCUUUGCCACUGAAGUACAGAGUCCGACCCAACUGUAAGAAGAUGAAGGUGAGCCACGCGCAGCAGGAAGGCCAGAACAGCGCGAGCAGAUCCGGUCCGGAGAGCGACUCUGCCAGCGACAAAGCCGGGAGUCCCGCCGGGGCUCCGUCCACGUCCUCGUCGCUGCCGAGUCCCGGCACGCCUGCUCAGUCCCCGCACCCACAGCUCCCGCACGGCCCUAAUAACGUCAGCUGGAGCCCAGCCGCCGCCCCUCCGAACCCUUCGACCCCCAGCCGAGCCUUCACUCAGUUCGGCAGCGGCGGCGGCGGCAGCAAACCCCGGAAGGUUUCUCUGAACGGCUCGGCGACCUCCUCCGGAUGACGCGGGGCUCCGGACCGGACCAGCCAACGCCACACCCGCUCAGCUAAUACUGUUUUCAUGCCAACGUAGUUCCAUUGUGUAGACAAUGUUAUCUCUAUUUCUCUCUCCAUUUGUUGUUCUGAAUAUUAUGGCAUCAUAUGUAAGUUUAAACGUAGUGGAAUCAGAGACAUUUCAAAAUAAAAGGAAGGAGGAAGUCAGGUGGCGUGGGACUAUAUGGAAGCAGAUUUUGAUGUUGAAAAAAAAGAAAGAAAGUUGGAAAGGAGAAGAACGAGCAUUUACCCAAUUUUAAAGCUACAUUUUUAUUUUAUAGAGGUGACUGAAGAUAGACUUUUAUAUUUUCUUUUUUUCUCAGAUUAAACGUGUUUAUCAUGAUUAUUUCAUGUGUGUUGGGAUAUUUUUAAACUGUUGGUUUAAACAUGCAUGCUCAUGAUGACACUUUUUUCUUUUAUGAAAGGAUUCUGCGUGUUUGCCCCACAAGUCUCAUUUUGACGGGUUUUGGAAGUGUUUCGGGCAUCGAUUUGUUCCAGGGAAAGGAACAUAAGUUUGUUUGGCGCUGUUGGCUUCACGGAAAAUACGCCUACGGAGAAAAAAAUCAAAUUUAAAUUGCCUUUUACUGCAGAACAUAAAGCGGUUUCUUGUAGCUGCCGUGGAAUCGGAUUGCUUAUCCUCCACGUCUUUAAGUCCUUCUAAGCAGUUUUAGAGAAUCCACGUGUAAAUAGAAACAAAAUGCAUAUUUAAUCAGCGAUGACGUUAUUCUCCCCUUUGUUCUGAGGGAAUGACUUGGGCUCAGCUCCAUUUCAUGCUCAAUGACAGAUGUUUUGAUGUCUCCCGUGUUUUCCGUAUUUGUAUCGCUCGAUUGUAUGGACAACUUAUUGUAUUGUUACUGUUGCACAGUAUAAAACAUCUAAAUAAAACAUUUUACACUUA